AUGAGACCAGUAAUCCAAUUGCCAAGUGAAUCCCAGAAAGCAUCACCUAUUCCGCUCUUAUCAGUGGUGGGUGAUGCAACACCAUUAAUGUUACCUAGUGAUUACUGCUGGUAUAGGAGGAAAAUAUGCAGAAUUCAGAACACUGAAGUCCAUGGGAUUCUGAGAAGAAUGACAAGGAAUAAAAGAGGUGUAUUCUUGACUACAACUACACCAAAAGAAAUUUGGCCUUCUUCUUGCAGGGAAGAAGCACUUGAAUACUUGAAGAGGUGUGAUACUAUUAUAAGGAAGAUUUUGAAAUCGCUAAUGGGAGGAUUGAAUGUAAAAGUAAUUGAUGAAGAGAAAGAUCAACUUUUAAUGGGUUCAAAGAGAAUAAACUUUAACUACUAUCCAAAAUGUUCCAACCCUGAGCUUUCGGUUGGAGUAGGACGUCACUCAGAUAUCUCAACAAUUACUGUUCUCCUUCAAGAUGAUAUCGGCAGGCUCUAUGGGAAAAAACUUGAAACUAAUGAUUGGAUUCAUGUCCCUCCAGUCAACAGGGCUCUGGAAAUCAAUAUUGGCGAUACACUUCAAAGAAUGAGCAAUGACAAAUACAAGAGUGUUGAUCAUCGUGUGAUUGCUAAUGGGAGCAAGAAUAGGGUUUCUGUGCCCAUUUUCUUGCAUCCAAAGCCUACAAGUGUUAUUGGUCCUUUGCAGGAAUUGCUAGUGAAUGGGGAGAAACCAAUUUACAAACAAAUACUUUAUGCUGAUUACACCAACAUCUUCUUCAGCAAAGGUCAUGAUGGGAAGGACACAAUAGAGUUUGCAAAGAUAUAGAUACAUGCCCAUUCUUGUCAUAAUCUCUAAUUAAUAUAUAGUAUUUGCUAAUAUAUAUGGUGCAUUUACUACUGCAUGAGAAUGUUACAACAUUUUUAUUAUUAAAUUAUACAUUACAAACAAAUAUUACAAGAAUCUUGUACUCAAUUAUAAAAAGUGAUUCUUCGUAGGUGAUUUACAAGAAUACCUUGGAAAUUGGUGGUCUUGAACUUUUGAUCCAUGGACAAAACUUUAAAUUUAACAUGUAACUUUUGACUUUUAACC